UCUCUUCACUUCAGAUCACUGCAUUGGCGAAACCAAGAAGGCUUCUCACUUCCAAGACAGAUUUCGUGCGAAUGGGCUAGCGCUAGUCAGCAGCAACCAAACACUAGGUAGGAAGCCAAAGGCAGUUGCUGUGGCUUCCAAAAUGCUGCUGAGCUGAUCUUGGAGUUCGGAGCUUUACGAUCGUGGAUGUGAUAAUGGUAUGAUGCGAUGAGCGCGGAUCUCCUCUCUUCGGCAACAACUCUCAGACUCUCAAGGCCCUGGUUGCGACCCACGACCGCAGUAUCUCUCUCGGCAAAGUGCAGGUCGUUCGCUUUCAAGGCAUCGUCUAACAUGGCUGGCGGGCAACGUCCGGGCGCUGGUAACUACGAAGAUGCCGUCCGACUUGUCAAUGCUCGACGACGGCAAGCAAGACCGCAAGAAUUUAGCUCGGACUCUAUAGCGCCCAAACCCAGCCAGACAUCGAGCGGCACACCUGGCCUGAGAGGCACGCCAAGUAUCGUUGGCAUGUUGGAGUGGUUACAGGCUUUGGGGCAUUCGAUGGAAGCCAUCAAUAAAUUGAAUAUCAUACACGUCGCUGGUACAAAAGGCAAAGGCUCCACUUGCGCCUUCGCCGAGUCAAUUCUACGAGCUCAUGGCCGCCGCACCGGCUUCCCGCGGAAGACUGGACUCUAUACCUCACCCCAUUUGAUGCUACCUGAAGAGAGGAUUCGAAUCAACUACGAGCCGCUGUCACCUUGGCUCUUCGCAACAUACUUCUUCGAAGUGAACGACCGUUUGCCGGAGCUCGAGGCCAAGUAUGAUCCUUCGAAGAACGUUGUUGAUCGUGGCCCUCGAUUUCUCCAGAUGUUUGCUCUCUUCGCAUUCCACGUCUUCAUCCGCGAGAAGGUUGAUGUUGCAAUCAUCGAAACCCACAGUGGAGGCCAGUACGAUGCCACGAACGUCGUUCAGAACCCCAUUGUCACUGCGAUAUCAACGCUAGGGAUGGAUCACAUUGACAUGCUGGGACCUACAAUCGAGAACAUUGCAUGGCACAAAGCGGGCAUCUUCAAGGCUGGAGCGGUCGCGCUCUCGGCAGUACAGGACCAAGGUCCAUCGAAAGUGCUUAAAGAGCGGGCCAUAGAGAAAGGCGAAGAUGUGCGUUUCGUACAGCUGGACACUAGGCUUCCAUUGGACUCCCUCAACCUCCAACCUCGAGUUCAGAGGAAGAAUGCGUCGUUGGCAGUGGCUGCGGCUUCCGCAUUUCUCGCCAGGAUUGGCCCUGAUCCAAUCAAAGACCUGACUGAUGAAGACAUCGCAGCAGGUGUUGAACAGUUCUCCUGGCCUGGCAGAUUUCAAACACUUGCCGAAGGCAACAUGACUUGGUUCCUCGACUCGGCACACAACAACAUGAGCGUUGAGAUUGCAGCAGAGUGGUUCGCACAAGCUGGACGAUCUCUACAAAUCACGUAUGAUGAGUCUGAGGGCGACAAGAGCGCUCACACAUCUGAGACUCUGGCACCACUCGAUCGAGCGUGGGCAUCAAUUGCAGCUCCCGGAAAGGUCUGGCAUGAACCAACGAUCCAAGGUGCGAUUGCGUUGGCGAGGAGAUUGAGCAUCGGGGAAACGCAGACGCUCAUCACUGGCAGCCAGCACCUGGUCGGUCCCGCGCUGAAGGUGUUGGGAUGGGCUCCUAAGCCCACAUGA